CAAGACACCAGUAGUUGUCGUCAACUCAGAUGAGGAAUUCCUAUAAGGUCUAACAUGGCUGUAUGAGUUCGAGUGGAGACAUUUGAUUGUUCUGACUUGCUUUCUCGGUACUCCCUUCACAUUCAGACACUGCCACGACAUCUCUCAGUCGAUAAAGUGGAAUGGCACCUUCUUGUCAAGAAAUAUAGCAAGUGUUAGCAGGUGAUAAGCAUGGCUGUAUCCUGUAACCUAUCGAAAGGCAAAGAUUUGACCGAAGCAGUCUUGUUCAGUUCUGAAAGCUGCCUGGUCUUCAGUUGGUCUCCAGUUGGCCGUUGUCGAGCUUCAGUUGAAGAUUGGAUAAUCAUGGACCCUAGGAUAUUGAGCAGGACGUUAGAUAUAUCAAUUCCCCAAUGGUUUUCUCAAGAAUACUUCUCUCCUGUUUUAAAAGCUGCAUUGAUCAGUGAUGUAGGCCAGUCUUAUCCAACGAACACUGAUUUGCACAUGGACAGACGGAGAAACAAAAUCAACAUAGGACAUGGUGUUACUGCGGAACAGUCAAAGUAUCCAUACCUCAUAUUAGCACGCCAAGUGACAAAGCACUGAGAUGAAAGAUAAAGAAGAAAGAAGUCAAAAGUAGUACGGAAGCAUCAAAGGAGGAUAAGGAAAUAUGAGGGAAUACUGGUAUUCUGUUUGUCGAUUAAGAUAGACUAUGGAUACAACUGCGCCAUCAAGACCAAU